UCUCCCUCCCUCUUGGCAGUGGUUCUUCCCGGCAGCAGUCAGCAUCUCUCCAGCAGCGGACUCAAGGACUUGUGCGUCCACCUCGACGCGCAACAGAAGGCUCUCUCUCACGAAACCGGAGUCGGACCAUACAGCGCACAGGACAACUUUCACUCACAUCAUUACGCAUGGCUCUGGCUUUGAGCAGAAGCGCGACUGUGACAUCGUCUUGGAAGAAACAGAUGGAAUUCUAAGAAAAUAAAACCCAACAACAACAAGCUGAAAAGACGAUUUAAGGAUUUCUUAAAAAGAGAGUAAUCUCCUUCUGCCAAUAAUGAUUUCCGCACGUGCCUUGUAAUCAUACAGCUGUACGUGUAGGUCCGACGCCUUAUCUGAAAUUCUGGUUUCAAAUAGAGAUGGAUCUGUGGGGAGUUUAUCUGUUUCAUCUCAUAACUUUGGCUCUGUUAGAGGUUAUACUGGGCGGCAGAGACUGCUUGGUGGCUGGAGACUCGUGUUCGAGUGAUGAGACUUGUAGUCCACGUCUGCGGACUUUGCGUCAGUGUGUGGCGGGCAACGGCAGUGUGAAGCUGGGCCCCGGUGCCCGGAGCCAGUGUGCCAAUGCAGUGUCUGCCUUGCUGUCCAGCCCCUUACAUGGCUGCCAGUGUAAACGGGGCAUGAAGAAGGAGAAGAACUGCCUCAGUAUCUACUGGAGCCUUCAUCAGUCCAUCAUACAUGGACUCAAUCUGGUAGAGCGAUAUCCCUAUGAGACAGUGCAUAGGGAUUACGACUAUGUCCGCUUGGCAUCUAUUACAGCUGACUCAGAUGUUGGCAUGACAACUGUGAAUCGCUGCCUGGAUGCGGCCAAGGCUUGCAAUGUGGACGACUUGUGCCAGAAGCUCCGCACAGAAUAUGUUUCAGCUUGUAUCAAACCCACUGCCAAGUCGGGCCUGUGCAACCGGCCUAAAUGCAAUAAGGCGCUGCGCAGGUUCUUUGACCGUGUCCCUGCCGAAUACACACAUGAACUGCUCUUCUGCCCCUGUACGGACACAGCAUGCGCAGAGCGUCGAAGGCAGACUAUUGUACCCAGUUGCUCUUAUGAAAGCGGGGAAAAACCAAACUGCAUUACACAGAUGAGGAUCUGCAACGCUGAUUAUGUGUGCAGGUCUCGCUUGGCACAGUUCCAGUACAAUUGUGAACCCUCUGAAACUUCUAAUGGCUGCAAGCAAGGGAACCAUGGAGCCUGCCUCCUCGCCUACACAGGGCUCAUAGGUAGCACAAUAACUCCCAACUAUGUUGACAACUCUACGUCCAGUGUGGCUCCAUGGUGCUCCUGCUCAGCCAGCGGGAGCCGGAGAAAAGACUGUGAUAAUUUCCUGGGCUACUUCACCGACAACAUCUGUCUCCGGAAUGCCCUUAUGACAUUUGGAAGUGAGUCAGACCAGCAGCCAACUGUCAGCCAGUCCAGUACACCCAGUACCGACCAAAGCAGCAGAGAAAACAGGAGCACUUCUUCUCCACCAUCAACCAUGGAAACUAUGAGGAACAUUCUGGAUACAAUAAUACCAACACAGGACCUGGGAAAUGAACUACUAGUGGGCCAGUCCACCCUGCCAUCCAACAGCCUCCCGAUCUCUGCUUCACCUCCUAGCUUAAUGCUUCAAGCUGCCUUUAGCCUUCUGUUGUUGCUCCUUCAUCUGCGCAACAAUGGACACUAAAGACCGCAGGGGAGCGUGCUAGGGACCCUCAUAGUACCAAGCAGAUGGGAGGACCAGUGCAGUUGAGAGGAAAAUGGAUUGUGUGGCGUUACUCCUCCCUCUAAAUAUGUACAGUGAUUUUGUUUUUCUAUUUUUUGUCUAAGUGGUCCAGUUCCACCGCCAGUGUCAGACUGUGGGAGACCUUUGCAGACCAAAGCCAGUCUGUACAUUUGUAUAUUGUCGUUGCAAUCAAAUCAAGCAGAAAUGAAGUACCGCUUUUGUGGAAUAACGCAGCUCUCAGCUAAUCAACUGAAUCCAUUUUCAAGACUCAUUAUGAAAAUAUACUGCAGAUAUGUAUGAUACAAAGACAAAAAGUUUGUCACUACAUGUGAAGAUUUGUUUUAACAGACGCUCUUAUUUCUUAUUGUCAGGGGAAAUUGUUGGAGUAAACCAGUGAACUUUG